UGGAAGGGAGGUGUGGGGGAUAGAAACAUCUAUGUCCCUGAGGGAGGAGAGAGCUUGGAGGCCCGAUUUCUGAGAAUUUGAAACAGAGAAAAAUGUAUCCAGAAAGAGGGCCGGCAAGACGCCCUUAUCCCUGGGGAAAAGGUAUGCCACUGCCACGGGGUGACGUGACCGCCUUGUUCCUGGGGCCUCCGGGCUGUGGCAAGUCCGCGCUUAUUGCAGCGCUGUGCGAUGGGAAUGUGGAGACGAUAGAGAUUCCCGAGGGACGGCCGGACUCCGGGAUCCCCAGCCUGCGAGCUGCCGGCCCUGGCCUUUUCCUGGGCGAGCUGAGCUGUCCACCCGCAGCGCCAGGGCCCUGGGCGGCGGAGGCCAAUGUGCUGGUAUUGGUGCUGCCCGGCCCCGAAGGGAACGGGGAGCCCUUAGCCGCAGCGCUGGGAGAGGCAGCGCGGGCCGCCUUGGCCCGAGGGACCCCGUUGCUGGCUGUGCGGAAGCUCCGUCCUGGAGAUUCGGAAAAUGAAGCCCAGGCCCGGGAUCAGACAGAGGCCCUGCUGAACAGCGCAGGAUUGGGGGCCGCGGCUCUCUUCGUGCUGCCGGCCGACUGCGGCAGCAGAGAUGGCUGCAAGGAAUUGGAGCGUCUGCGGGUGGCGCUGCGGAGCCAGGCGGAGGUGCUGCAAAGGCUCCUUCCACCGGCUCAGGAUGGCUUCGAGGUACUGGGUGCGGCAGAGCUGGAGGCUGUGCGUGAGGCCUUUGAGACCGGUGGCUUGGAGGCGGCGCUGUCGUGGGUUCGCGCUGGCCUGGAGCGCCUGGGCAGCGCGCGGCUGGACCUGGCCGUGACCGGCAAGGCUGAUGUGAGCCUUGUGCUGAACAUGCUACUUGGGUUGGAUCCCCCUGACCCAGAUGACGAGCCUGUUUUCACGCCCCCGGGGCCCACGCCCUGCCCGGCGCCAGAGCGUCCCAACGUGGUGCUCUGGAAGGUGCCUCUGGGCUCCGCGGGCACUGCCGCCACCCCCCAUCCGACCCACUACGACGCCCUCAUCCUCGUCACCCCGGGGGCCCCUACUGAGAAGGACUGGGCUGAGGUGCGGCCCUUCGUGCUGCCAGAUGCGCCGCUGGUCUGCGUGCGAACAGACGGUGAGGGCGAGGAUCCAGAGUACCCGGAGGAAGAGGAGAAGGCAGAGAAGCCCAGCUCCGAGAGCUUAGAGAACGCAGGCGGAGAGGGGUUGAAGAAUGCACGCAGUGAGGGAAGGGAGAGCCGUGGCACUGGAUUGCCGAAAGGUAGCGGGGAAGAGUCCGGGAAAGCAGGCAGCGGGGAAGGGGCAGAGAAAGCAGGCAGUGAGAGUUUGCCGCGUGUUGGCGGCGGCGCGAAGAAAUCGGGCAGUGGGGACUCAGAGCGUGCGGCCGCACCGAGCCCGGAGGAUGAGACGUGGGAGGUGCUGGAGGAGGCACCGCCGCCCGUGUUCCCCCUGCGGCCUGGCGGCCUCCCCGGGCUCUGCGAGUGGCUGCGGCGCGCGCUCCCCCCGGCCCAGGCGGGGGCGCUGCUGCUGGCGCUGCCACCCGCGUCUCCCCACGGGGCCCGGAUGAAGGCUGCGGCGCUGCGGGCCGGGGCGUGGCGGCCCGCUCUGCUGGCUAGCCUGGCGGCGGCGGCGGCCCCAGUCCCGGGGCUGGGCUGGGCGUGCGACGUGGCGCUGCUGCGGGGCCAGCUGGCGGAGUGGCGACGGGCGCUGGGGCUCGAACCCGCGGCGCUGGCUCGACGCGAGCGCGCGCUAGGCUUGGCUCCCGGGGAGCUGGCAGAGCGGACGCGCUUCCCGGGCCCGGUGACGCGCGCCGAGGUGGAGGCGAGGCUGGGCGCGUGGGCGGGCGAGGGCACUGCGGGGGGCGCGGCGCUGGGCGCCCUUUCCUUCCUGUGGCCGGCGGGCGGGGCGGCGGCCACCGGCGGCCUGGGUUACCGCGCGGCGCACGGCGUCCUGCUGCAGGCCCUCGACGAGAUGCAGGCCGACGCCGAGGCGGUGCUGGCACCCCAUGGGCCCGCGCAGUGAGGGGAGGGAUGAGGGCCGGGGCUUCCGGGGUGCUCAGCGUCCGUGCUGCUUGGCUCCGCCAGGGGCUGAGGACUCCCAAGUCCCGCGUGGGGUGGGGGGGUGGAGUUGGAUGUCUGGGCCUCUGAGGUAACAGAGCUGGGGGCCACCACCCGGAAUCCUGGGUGCUUGAAGGGGAUGAGGGCUCUAGGACUACUGACUGGGAUGUGUGACUUGUAGUCCCCUGGAUCCCUAGGUCCUGAAGGGGAAUGGAGUCUGGGGGAGAGAACUGAUUUCCCUGGGGACCACAGGGCAUGACGCCAGACUGUGUCCUGAAGGAAGUUGAGGGGUUGGACUCCUAGAAGGGGUUCUGUCCUGGUCUCCAGGGGAGUAGAAACUGGAUCUGUUGGUCCUCUGGCCCUGGGAAGGGGGAGAAGAGGUGAAAGCCCUGGUUCCUGAUGAAGAGGGUCUUCCAUCAUCCUGGAGAUUCCAGUAUGGAGGAAGGAGUCUGGGUACCCCAGGGAGCCGGAAUCCUUGGAACUGCUGAGCCACACGGGGGUAUAGGAUCCAGGCUUCCCAGAGGGAAUGGGUCUGCAUCCAGCCUCCCAGUUCCUCAAGAGGCGGUGGCUUUGAAUCUUCAGUGGACCUUGGUUUCUAAUUCCUGGGUGGUGGGAGGUCUCCAUCUACAGGAGGGAACAGGGGGCUGUGCAAAAGAGCUGGAGAUCCUUUGGUCCCCCUUGAGGAAUAGAGAGAUAUCUAAUAUUUGCUGUUCCAGGGGACUAAUGACCCAGAUUCCUUCCCCAGCUGUUGUGGGGAGGAUGGUCCCACAAAAAUGAGGGGAGGAGGCAAGAGGUCUGGGCAUGGUGGGCCCUGGUGGUAGCCAGAGACCAGGAAUGAGGCCUUCUAGGUGUGGAAGGGCAGGAACCCAUACCUCAGAGGUACCUCCCACAAAUCCCUUAUGGAUUUGGACCCUGGCAGUUGUCGCUCUGUGUGAGUUUGGGAAGGGAUAUGACUGCCCCAUUUCAUAGGUGCUGAGUGAUUCAGGGGAUCUUUGGUGAGUCUUUUCCUUUGUCCCUCUCUCCCUUAGUGGUUUCUAUCUCUUUUUGGUCUUGAUUUGUUCUGUCAUUAAGCCUAACCCUUUCUGGCCUUGGUAUUUUAAACUCCUGCCUUUUUUGGAAAAGCAGCUGUCGUGCUGCAGUGAUCCAGACAUUUCUGUGUUGGCUACCUCAGGUGUCACCAAGAGGCUCUGCCUUCUGGUGUACACACAGUGCUGCAGAGGGCAAGAGACCCACAGAACAGCUAGGGAGCGUUCCAGACCGUGGGAGUGUGCCAUGAGUGAAGCAAAGCCAGAAACCACAGUGCCUGGAAUGUUCUAGGCUGCCAACUAUAGGUAGAAAAGACGCCACAGGUCACAGAAUUCUUCAGUGUCAACAAACAGAAAGGGGGGACCCGAAAGGCCAUUAAGUAGAAUGAAUCUCUUUUAUGAGAGCUGGGGAGAGCAAAGCCCAGGGAGGGCAGGCUCUAGGCCCAACAGCACACAGCAAGGUCCUAUGUGGUCUGGCCCCUGCCUCUUCGCAUUCCCUGCCCCCACCCCAUCCCCCAACCAGCCUGAUCUUCCUUCUUUUUUUUUUUUUUUUAAAGAUUUUUUAUUUUUAUUUAUUUGACAGAGAGAGACACAGCGAGAGAGGGAACACAAGCAGGGGGAGUGGGAGAGGGAGAAGCAGGCUCCCUGCAGAGCAGGGAGCCCGAUGCGGGACUCGAUCCCAGGACCCUGGGAUCAUGACCUGAGCUGAAGGCAGCCACUUAACCAACUGAGCCACCCAGGCGCCCCUGAUCUUCCUUCUGAUGCCUGGGUGGGCCACCUUGGAUCCUGCCCCAGGACCUUUGCAUUUGCUGUUCUUUCUGCGUAGAAUGCUCUGCCCCCAGAUCUUCCCAUGGCUGGUUCCUCCUUGUCAAGCAGGUCUCAGCUCACAUGUCCCCUCAGAGAGGCCUUCCCUGACCAGUGUAACUGAAGUAGCUCACACAUCCCCAUUAUUCAUCUCAGCCUGUCAGUGUUUCUCUUGUAGCAGUUAUUACUGUAAGCAGUUACCUUAUUUAUUUACCUAUUUAAUAGCUAUGAUACUCUUACCUGUCUUGUUCUCUGCUGUACCCCCAGCACCUAGAAGAGUGCCUGACAACACAGUAGGUGCUUAGUAAAUACUGAAUUCAUUAUUCCGUGGCAGACUGGAACUUAGAUUGUCGGCCUCUUGCCACAAGACAGGGGAAAUGAGCGAGGCAGGGAGAAACAAGCAUCUGGUGGGAGAGAAGCUCCUGUCAGACGUCAGGGGAUCUGGGAAGCAAGCAAGGCCUUGCCACUGGCACUCUGGGUGACUUGGACCAGUGCCUUAUUUUCCCAUCUGCGAAAGGAAAGGGCUGGACGAGAACCCUAAACACUUCCAAGAUCCUAUUUUCUUUGACAGCAGGAGACAAGGAUGACCCAUCUGAGGGGCAUAUACCUGCCAGAUGGUACCCCCAUGUCCAUCUUGAACCCCUACCACUGGCACAAUGUGUCCCCUUUGAAUUGAGGUGGCUGAGGUGGGGAAAAGCAUUUGGCUCCAUACAAAACGGCUUCAGGCAGUGUCCUCAAAGGCCUUUUGGGCUUCAGGGAAAGGUGUUUGCCCAUAUCUGUAAUAUCCAGUACAACACGAUCUGCCUCUCAGUCUGGCGUACCCCCCGUGGGGAAGUGGGAGAGGCGCCCAGCAGUGCUGUCCAUCAAACGGAAUGUGAGCCGCAUCUGUAACUUGAAAUGUCCCAGCAGCCACAUUAAAAAAGGUAAAAGGAAACAGGGCGAAGCUAGUUAUGUUUUACGUAACCCAGUAAAUCCGAAAUAUUAUUUCAACGUGUAGUCAAUCAAGAAAAGCAUGAGAUAUUUUAUACUUAGCGUACAUCACCUUCAGAUGAUAAAUUUUCAUCAGAAGUACCUCUAUUUAACUUUCCGAAAAAUUCGGUGGAGAAAUCGAUUCCUCUACCCAAGUUGUCCCGAUUAUAUUGACCAGUUUCCCAAUAACUGAGGUGUGUAUCUAUCCAUUUUCAAUUAAAAGUAAAUAAAGUUUAAAACUCCACUUCCCAGUUAACACUAACCACGUUUCAAGGGCUCAGUAGCCACCUGUGAUGUGUGGCUAGAGCGUUGGACAGCGCAGACCUAGGACACUUCCAUUAUCACGGGAAAUCCUGUUGGCACAGCUCUAGGGUCAGACAGUUCUCCAGACAUUGGGGUAACCUUGGGCAAGCCACUCAGCAAAUGGCAUCUACCUCACAGGGUAAUUGUAAGAAUAUGUAUGUACGUAUGUACAUGCAUCUUCACACACACACACACCCGUCCGCUCACACUGCAGCCCUUGGGAGAAGCUUGGCUCCUGGGGAGCUCAACCAUAAGUCUUGUUGCCUAUGCCCUGGGCCCCAGGCAGCACCCAGACAGCUCUAGUCUGGGCACCUCUGUCUCACGCCCAUGCCUUUGCUCACAGUGCCCUCCUCUUUCUCUGCCACUUUUCACGCCAUCUCUGAUUUGGUCUUGCCUGACACCUCUGCCCCAUGCUGCCCUGCUCCAAAUUCCCUCUGCCCUCAUGCCAACGAGGGUGGUGCCAGAGAUCAUAUCUGAGAAAGCAAAACCUGAUUUUGUUUGCCUGUGUCUUUGUUGGAGAGUGCUGAUUGUGUUUCUGUCGUUGUGUAUCGACACUCUUGGGUGUCGUGACUAAUUGGGGGGGUUGUCUUUUAAAUUAUGACUUUUGAUGGGAGGCAUCAUGUUGCUAGCGAGGCAUCUGUCUCUGGGAGCAUCCAAGCAGAAAGACUUAAGACUCCCUUGAGAACUGAUUGCUGGCUGCCCUCGGGGUGUGUCGACAUCAUACUUCCAGGCUGGAAGACCCUUGAAGGCAAGAAUUCAAGGAAAUGGAUGCUAAGUCUUGGCCCUGCCAUUGCCAGAGAUGAUCUCAUCACCUUAGCCGAAUUUCAUACAUUUCUGGAUAAUGAUGAAGAGACUUGUAUCCACUAGGGUGGGGAACCUGGGAAGGCUAAUCAAAGGUGUGAUUGGCCUGUGGUGCUUUUUGAAGGAGUGAAUAAAAAUGUGUAGAAAUCCCA